GGCUGAAGGCUGGGGAAAAUGGCAGAUGUUGGUCAAAGGGUACCAACUUUGAGCUGUAAGGUAAGUUCUGGGGAUCUAAUGUAGAGCAUGAUGACUAUAGGUAAUAAUACUAUAUUGUAUACCUGAAGGUUGCUGUGAGCGUAGAGCUUUAGUGUUCUUACCGUAACAACAAAAUGGUAAUUGUGUGAUGUAAAGGAUGUGUUAAUUAAUGUGGUAAAGACUUCACAAUAUAUACUUCUAUCAAAUCAUCACAUUGCACACCUUAACUUUCCAAUGUUAUAUAUCAAUUAUAUCUCAAUAAAGCUGGGAAAAAAAUCAUUAGCAAGUUGAAGCUUGAUGUGUGAGCACAUUCUGCCCCUGUUAAUCUCAAAGGAACAGGCCUAAGACUAAAAAGUAAAGACUCUCCUGAGGGAAAGUAGCCCCCAGUUGUUCAUCUGGUUCUCCCCCAUUCUUUCUAAUCUUUAUACUCCCCGUCCAAUGCUAUGAUCAUACAGGGACACUAGGGUGACAAUAACCCUUUCUUCAUACCAACUCGCACGUGGAUAUGUCAGAUCCACAUCUGAUCCAGUAGAGGCUUGAAGUUUUGAAGGGGCAAAUUAUAUUUUUGAUACCAAGGUAAACAAAGAGAGUACUCUACUAAAUGUAUGCUUUUGUAUUGAUCUUGUUACAGUCAAAGUAACUAAACAAGGAGGCUGCUGAACUGAAGUGGUUCUCACGCUUUAGUAGCCUACAUGAGCAAACCAAACCUUACGCCAGAGUCAAUUGCAAAUGCACUUAUAUCCAAAACAACAAAAUUUAAGAACUAAUCACAAACAUCCAACUAGGCUUUCCCAAAUAAGGCAACCACUCAAGCUAUAGCCAAUCAAAUAAUGUCCUUGCAUUGCUUCAGCCUCUGCUCUAUGAAAGCUCUGCCCCUAGCUUUUGACAGUGGAGUGCUCCUAACCAUUUUCAGUUAGGCACUGCCCGAUAUAAAUCGAUGUUGCUCAAAUAAACUAUUGAAAAUUUUAAUGUCACUUGGUUUAGCUGUUAGGGAUACUAAAGGAAGGUGUUCUACUCUCAUUCCAAGAUAGUUAGCACAACCUUCAGAACUGAAGGAAUUCUCAGUUCUUCAGAAAUCCAGAAUCCACUUCUUAAUAUGAUUUCCACAUGGGUCCCACAUCCUCCUCUUAAGUACAAGGUUAUGUAGGACUUUCAUUCUAUAGGUGCCAUAACCUCCUUGGGUUCUACUUUUUCCCUCUUCCUUGCAGGAGGAAAUUGCAUCCCUAGCUGAGCCCCAGAGACCCUCCGUUCUGGGUGUAAAUACAGGAUGUAUCUUACAGUCCCUCCUUCAUGUUGCCUGAAUAUUUUAGAAGCUCUGAGGUUCUGACUUCCUGCUUCCAUCUCUUACUAUCUGUGUGAGCUGGAACAAGUCACUUAAUCUCUAUAUGCAUCAGUUCCCUUAGGUGUUAAGUGGGGUUGAUAACAGUACUUACUCAUAGGGUGAAGAUUAGGUGGAUUAAUAUCUACAAAUUUUUCAGAAUAGUUCCUGUACUAAUAACACAUAGUAAACACUUAAUUGUGUUAUAUGUUACUGUUAUUCAUCCACUGUGUAACUUAUUUCCUCAAAACAGAGUCAUAAUCCAGCUCAUAGACAAACUCUCACUUCAGGGCAGCCCAGACUCUUAAUAUUUUGGUUUUGAUCUGUGUUUUUAAGGGACCAACUGGUGCUUAUCAAUACACACUUCUCCAAGGGCCAGAAUACACUCCUAUCCUAUCCCAAUACAAAGUAGCUUAUUUUUGUCCACUUUUAUCUUAGCUCAUUCCCAGAUUACAGAAGAGAACAACGGCCUCAGCUCAGCGAUGAAUUAUACGCACUACACACGUUGCAUUCUACUAAUACAAACCCAGCGAGAGGAAGUCUGGGUUCUUGCUGCUGCUGCCUCCUGAGGACACUCUAUUCUCUUCUGAAGAGCAGCAGGCAUGACUGACACCAUGGAGAGGAAGAACCAGAGUGGGAGAGUAAGUGAGUCUGUGUUGCUGGGCUUCCCAGCUCCUGUGCCACUGCGGGCACUAUUAUUUGCCCUUCUUCUGCUGGCCCAUGUGUUGGUGCUGACUGAGAACACACUCAUCAUUAUGGCAAUCAGGAACUACCCCAGCCUCCACAAACCCAUGUACUUCUUUCUGGCCAACAUGUCCUUCCUGGAGAUUUGGUACGUUACCAUCACUAUUCCCAAGAUGCUAGCUGGCUUUGUUGGCUCCAAACAGGGCCAUGGGCAGCUAAUCUCCUUUGAGGGCUGCAUGACGCAGCUCUACUUUUUCCUGGGCCUGGGAUGCACUGAGUGUGUCCUCCUUGCAGUUAUGGCUUAUGAUUGUUAUGUGGCCAUCUGCCGUCCUCUCCACUACCCUGUCAUUGUCAGUGGCCGGCUGUGUGUGCAGCUGGUAGCUGGCUCCUGGGCUGGAGGUUUUGGCAUCUCCAUGGUCAAAGUUUUUCUCAUUUCUCACCUCUUGUACUGUGGCCCCAACAACAUCAACCACUUUUUCUGUGAUGUCUCCCCAUUGCUCAACCUUUCAUGCACUGACAUGUCCACAGCAGAGCUUACAGACUUUGUCCUGGCCAUUUUCAUACUGCUGAGGCCACUCUCUGUCACCAGGGCCUCCUAUAUGGCCAUCACCAGUGCUGUGAUGUGCAUUCCCUCAGCUUCUGGGCUCCAUAAAGCCUUUUCCACCUGUGCCUCUCACCUUGUUGUGGUCAUCUUCUAUGCAGUCAGUAUCUUCAUCUAUGCCCGCCCAAAGGCAAUCUCAGCUUUUGACACCGACAAGCUGGUGCCUGUACUCUACACUGUCAUUGUACCACUGCUCAACCCUAUCAUUUACUGCUUGCGCAACCAAGAGGUAAAGAGAGCCUUACGCCGUACUCUGCGCCUAUACCAGGGCCAUGAUGCUAAGCCUGGGAAAGCUAGCAGAGUUGGGUAGAAGGGAGGUGUUAAAUCUUAGAUAAUGCUCUUAAACUUAGGAUCUAUGUCUUCUAUAAAGUCCAGAGGAGCUCUUAGAGCCUAAAUUAGGGACUAGAGUUUCAAAGGUUCCACCAAAGAACUAGUUUAGGAGGAAGAGAGGUGGAUUACAAGCUAGAAAUUGGAUUUCUUCCAGACAAGGUCUUAACAUACAGGCUAGAAGUUGAUCCCAUGUUGUCUGCUCUGUUGUAAUUUACGUAGAGCAGGUUCAUGACUCAUGCAUCCUGGUGGGGUGGAAAGGGAUGACUAUGAGCACAAGGCAUGACUGAACUUGAAUAUUUAAAGCAAAAAGAAAAAAUGCAGAACUAGCAUCUCUCUAAAUGGCUCUUCCUGGGUUUGUUACUGGGUUUUAGUUCUGAGGCAGAAGAUACAGAAAAGGGAAGUGGAAGGAGGAAGCCAUUCAAGGAAACACAGGCUUCAUUAUGGAAAAGCAUCAGGAGACUUCUGGAUGAGAUCUCUUCUAGCCGGAGGACACCAACUGUAGCCUAUGAUGUAGUGGGGCCCCAUGUGAUCACCUAGUGUGAAUUACAAGGCAAGGAGAUAGGAAACUGUGGAUUUUUGUAUUGGCAACAUAUCACCUCCUGGACUACAGGGGUUUAGAGCUUCAUUUCCUGACUUACCGAAGUCAGUGCCCACACUGAACUAGUGGAGUGGCUGAUUGCAGUUGUAUAUUUAAUCUUCAGUCUCUCUAAUUAGACUAUAAGCUCCAUGGAACUAGGGAUCACAUUUGUUUGUUCAUCAUUUUAUUACCAGGGCCCAGAAUAGUAUCUAGCACAUGGUAGCUAUAAAGAAAUAUAAUAAAUGAAUAUAAUUUGGAGCCAUGGGAGAGAGGGGGAAGA